UGGUGAGGCCGGAAGACUGAAAGCAGGGGAAGAGGAGCCACGAGGAGGUAAUGGGAAAGAACUCUUCAAGUAGUGAUCUGUGAAUCCACUGGAAGCAAACAAGGAUGAAGCAGGAAUAAAGACUGUUGGGAAUAAAAGUGGAUCAAAGUGGUAGAUAAGUCAACAAGUAGGAUGAGAACUCCCUCCAUUUCUCUGAUGUCCAUGAAUGACUGAUCCAAGAAAAGCAGAAGGCAUUCACUGUGUGGGAAAACUCAACAAUUUCAAGUACUAUUGGGCAGAGCCAAAUCAGCAGAGAGCAAGAGACAUCGAAAUCCAUGGAGUUUGAAAACAAUUUCAUUCCAACUUUUUCCUCACAUCAAAGAACCCACGCAGGGGGGAAACCAUUUAAAUGCAUACAAUGUGAUAAGAGUUUCAACAGUAGAGGACAUCUUACUAGACAUCAAAUGAUACAUACAGGGGAGAAGCCAUAUCAAUGCACAGAAUGUGGGAAGAGUUUCCGCAGUGCUGGAAAUCUGAGAACACAUCAACCACUCCAUACAGGUGAAAAGCCUUAUAAAUGCCUGGAGUGCAGAAAGAGCUUCCGUUACUACAGUAACCUUCGUACGCAUCAAAGACUCCACACAGGGGAGAAACCAUAUAAGUGUCAAGAGUGCGGCAAGAGCUUCAAUAGGAGUGAAAGCCUUACUGGCCACCAAAGUAUCCAUACAGGGGGAAAACCAUUUAACUGUGAAGUGUGCGGAAAGAGCUUCCGUUUGAGCACUAUCCUUUCUGCACAUCGAAAGGCCCAUACAGGGGAGAAACCAUAUAAAUGUAUGGAAUGCGGAAAGAGCUUCAAUCAGAGUCAUGACCUUACUUUGCAUCGAAGACUCCACACAGGGGAGAAACCAUAUUCAUGCCUAGAGUGUGGAAGGACGUUCCGGAAAUCAGGGGAACUAACUGUCCACCAAAGAACCCACACAGGGGAGAGACCAUAUACCUGCCUGGAGUGUGGAAAGAGCUUCCGCCAAAAGCCCCACCUUUCUAUACACCUGAGAAUCCACACAGGGGAGAAACCAUACAAAUGCCACGAAUGUGGAGAAAGCUUCAGCCAUAGCGGAAACCUCCGUAAUCAUCAAAGAAACCACACAGGGGAGAAACCAUAUAAAUGCAUGGAGUGUGGGAAGAGCUUCCGCUUUAGUGCUAGUUUUUCCUCACACCUAAGAAUCCACACCGGUGAGAAACCGUAUAAGUGCACCACCUGCGGGAAAAGCUUCAAUCAACAUACACACCUUUCCAGGCACCGGAAAAGCCACACAGGAGAUAAACCAUAUCAAUGCACAAAGUGCGGAAAGCAUUUCAGCUGUAAAGAAAGCGUUACUCGUCAUCAGAAGAUGCAUGCCUGAGGAAAAUAUCCUAAUGUAUAGAGUGAGCAAAGACCUUCAGUGAAAAGAGGAAACUAUGCUUCAAAAACUGAUGUAGGGCUUGUUCCAAGUUCUCAUCAGAAUUUUCUUAAUUGGGUGUUUAAUAAAGUUUGGGUCUUCUGCCACUUUCCCAUAAAUUAAGUAUGCAUGCAAGCCAAACUUUAAUUCAGCUCCUUCAAGAACUAUAAGGCUUUGACUAUCGAGUUGGAUCCAUUCUUUUAACCAAUUUAAAAGCUGCUGAAUAAAUGGAAAAUUUGUGGAUGCGGAGAGCCAACUAUAAUUCUUUUAUAUAGUGGCUGGUGCUUUUUAGUAUUUACCCAGUUUGGCUCUCCAGAUGUUAUUGAACAACUCCCAUCAUUUCUAAUGAUCCACCUUGUCGUCAAAGAAUAAUGGGAAUUGUCACCCAAUAGCGCUUUUGGCUCUGAGGUUGUGGAAAGGUUAAAUGGCAUUUUAACGUCAGACAUCAUAUCCACACGCCUUGAGUCUAAAUUCAAACCUCACUAUUCUGAUUAGCACAAUAAACUGAAGAUUUCAGCUCUAGGGAUGAAAUCAUAUAUUAAUCUUAACUGGACCAAAGAUCCUUAGAGACGCCAGUACCAAUCCUCAUAGAGUUAUGUCAGAAGAUUAAGCAAAUUUCUAGAGAUGCUAUCUCUAGAUCCCCCAACACAACUCUCUAGUAUGCAAAGGACUGGAAAUGAGGGAAUUAAAAAAAUUAUUUAUAUCCCGCCAGCAUCUCCCCGAAGGGACUCAGGGCAGCUUACAAAGGCACUCCAGGGUGCAGCAUAUAACAUACAACGGUAACAUUAGGAAGAACUUCUUGACUGAGAGCCGUUCAGCAGUGGAACUCUCUGAGUGUGGUGGAGGCUCCUUCUUUGGAGGCUUUUAAACAGAGGCUGGAUGGCCAUCUGUUGGGGGUGCUUUGAAUGCAAAUUUCCUGCUUCUUGACAGGGGGUUGGACUGGAUGGGCCAUGAGGUCUCUUCCAACUCUAUGAUUCUAUGAUUUUACAUGAGUAUAAAACAAUAUCACAUACAGUUAUAUCAACAACCACUAUCAAAACAUAUAACAUAUAUUUAAAUUCAAACCUCACUAUUCCCAUUUUUUGUCCCAUGUCAGGAGUGACUUGAGAAAAUGCAAGUCACUUCUGGUGUGAGAGAAUUGGCUGUCUGCAAGGACGUUGUCCGGGGACGGCCGGAUGUUUGAUAUUUUACCAUCCUGUGGGAGGCUUCUCUCAUAUCCUUGCAUGGGGAGGUAGAGCGGACAGACAGGAGCUCACCCCAGUCCCCGGAUUCGAACUUCUGACUUUUCGGUCAGCAGGUCUGCCGGCACAAGGGUUUAAUCCUUUAUUCUGGUUCACAAAAUAAACUGAAGAUUUCAGCUCUAGGCAUGAAACCCUAUAUUCAUCUUAACUGGACCAAAGAUCCAUAGAGCCACCAAUGACCAUCCCCAGGAGUUGCCAUAUAGUUAUGUUAAAAGAUUAAGCAAAUUUCUAGAGAAGGUACCUCUAGUCAGUGGUUCUCAACCAGAGGUUAAACUGGCUGGGAUUUCUGAGAGUUGUAGGCCAAAACACCUGGGGAACCACAGGUUGAGAACCACUGCUCUAGAUCCUCCAACACAGCUCUAUAGUAUGCAAAGGACUGCAAAUGAGGGAAUUUAAUGGUGUUUAGUCAUGUAUGCAAUUUCAUGGUCAGAAAUGUCACCCCUGCAGAUACGGGAUUUUUACUGUGAAGUUCUUUUUUUAAAAUUUGCUUUCUGAAUGUUGGUUUUUACAGUGUGAAGUAGUUUAUCUGUAUUAACAACAUCAGUGAAUAUGAAAUAUUUUUACAAGAGAGAUAGAAAUACUCUUCUGUUCAAUUUUUGAUAUUUUCAGUUUGGUUUUAAGAAUCUUUGUUUGUAUGCAUCCUUGCCUUUAGAAAACGUCUAUAAAAGAUUAACCCAAAAAUAAAUGAGGGCGUAAGAA